AUGGACUCCUCGAAGCCAGACAUCAGAGGAAGUCCGCCAGAAAGCACAGCACUUUAUUCUCCUUCGCGCACUGAUUACGCGUCGCCACUCCGGCUUACUAGACAGCUUGUCAAAGCAAUCCUUGGAGAUGGAGACACUCCGGGAUGCUCAAGUACAUGGCGCUUCCGGGUUGAUAGGGACUUCCUCGCUCCAGCGGACAACUCAGCGGCCGGCUCCAAGGCGCCAAUCUCGUGGCUACAGAGCCGAGGCUCGGAAGAAGCUCAAAGCACGGAGGCCAUUACGGCUUGGUUUGAGCAGCUCAUCCGCAACGAGCUCUUUAAGGUUCGGUAUGAGGAGAUAUCGCGGAGAAGGUCCUCUUUUGGAGAAGAAAGCCUCCCAAUCUACUUCGACAACGGAGACCAACGACCGUCACCGACGCAGACGGGAUUCUCGGUAGUCCUGGUACCGGUGGGCAUUGACACCAGCGCAUUACAGCGGAUCCGUGAGGGAAGAUGGCCGCCAACUCAAAGCCGUGUGCGCAUUCUGGAGAGCUUGCAGUUGCCGCGCUACAUCAACGAUGCAACUGGCCAGGAUCCAAUGAUGGAAGAACUGCGUGAUGGAGCAACUGCUCUUCGCCGGAUCCUGGAAUUCAGGGAGAGGACCACAAAGCGAGAAAACGCCAUGACUCUGAAUGCGCGCGGAAAGCGUUCUUCGCCGCUCCUCCUGCGCUAUCCAGCGGAUGUGAAUGGAAGUCUGAGAGCUGCGAUACAGUACUUCGAAGUGGUAUAUGAUGUACAGCGGUACAAUUGCACCGGCGCAAUCAGGCAUAUCGUUAUCCCGCACAGCGACCAUGAGCAGAUUCGAGUGGACAUAGAACACAACAUGCACUUGAGGUGGCAGAACGCUCUGCGAACCGAGUACAGAAAGGAACGACGAGCGCUCAGAGAACGUAAGAGAGAUGUAUACUACCUUGACGACGAGCAGGAGAGGAGUCGCGUAGACACGGAGAAGCGUCUCCUGAAUAAACAGAUCUUCGACGAAUGCAAGUUGCGAGAACUCAGCGAAGCCGCUGCCGGGUUGCGCGAACAGAUGGAGCAACCUCUAUCGGAGCUGGCGAAGCUCUUCACUUACUAUCUAGCGCAAAGAAGUGACAUGAUGACGCGAUCCACGACCUUACCAGAGCUGGUUGAAGAUCUAGACGACAAGCUCACCUCUUUGACGGACACCAUCGACAGCUCGUGGAGAGACCUGGAAGAACAGAUAGACACCCUCGAUACCAUUCUUACUCACGCAAACACAGUAACCCGCAAAGCCGUCACCCAACUGCACAGGCUCACAGCACUAGACGUCCCAAAUCCCGAUGCCAGGGCAGAAGAGGUCAGCAAGCGGCUUGAGCACCCCGAAGCCCUGCAUUUCAUCGGCAGGGUAGUGGGCAACAUGCAGACGAUACACAACGUUGCGCUUUCCGUUGCUGAGCGGGCUCAUAAGCUGGCUGCUGGUGCACAGGGAGUAGCGGCAGGCGGGCUGAAGGUGAUGGUUGCGGCAGAGGAUUGCGUGGUUUAUGCGGAGGUUGAAGGAUGCUCUGGCUAG